AUGUUUGCCGAUGACAUAAAGAUCUGGAGUACCAUACGAAGCGAAGUUGACGAGGCGCGACUACAGACAAAUGUGGACCACCUGGAGCAAUGGUCGAAAGACUGGCUUCUACCGUUCAACGUAAACAAGUGUACUUUCCUACGCGUCGGCAGAACCAGUUCUCCUAACCACACGGUCUACCGUCUGAUUGGCAAACCACUGCAAGAAGUCAACGCCCAGAAGGACUUGGAUGUAUGGAUCACAACCUCGCUUAAGCCUUCGCUUCAAUGUUCAAAGGUGGCCAAGUCGGCGAUGUCCAUGCUAUACCUUGUCAAACGGGCGUUCACCUCCUUUGAUGAAGGCUGCUUCGCCAAGGUCUUUCAAACUUUUGUGCGACCACAUCUGGAGUUUGCUAUCCAAGCAUGA